AUGGCCGCGCGGCAGGUCAACUGCUCAGACGGGCAGGCGGCGAUUCGCAAGAAACAGCACGCAGCAGCUUGCAUACGUACUCGUGCAAAACCGGCAGUGUCUCAGCCAUCUGCACAGAAUCAGAAGGCACAACGUCGCCUUCACUCUUCGGCUUCGACAUCUCCUCAAAGGUCCUCCAUGCUUCAGCCCUAUCCAGACCAGUCCACGAUGACUGUUCAAUCUGGUGCACCACAGCCUCCAAGACAGGCAGGCGCGGCCACGGCCCGCAAAGGAGAGCAAGGGACCGCAUCUCCACGGAGCCGCUUGCGCGACUGGUUAACUGAGCGGAUUCAGACCGUGCAGCUGGAGAUCGCUCAAUUUCAACAUGCAAGGCUCCAGCGGUCAUCAUCAGUGAAGCCAUCCGACAAGAAGCCGAAGGCUUACAGGACUGGCUCGUUUUCACCAUCGAGAACCCAGCCCCGGCCCGCUGCUCAGCCGCGAGGUGCCAGGAUCCCACUUGGAGCUGCGACGGCGUGCAAGGCCCGACAGAAUGCAGCACAUGCAAACUCUGCACUGCCUGAAGCAGCCGUUCAGAAGACUGACGACCAAUCCUGUGCUCCGAAAUGGAUGGAUUUGCCGAAGUCUCCUGCAGUCCCGCGGACGUUGGAGGCUCCGCGGAAGUUUCUCGGCGAAAGGCUGAGAUGUGUCCACCAUGCUGCCUGUCGCAUCCAGCGUGCUUGGAGGAUAUCUCAAUGGCGUCGAAGCUUCGUUGAUUUCUCCCGCCACCAGGUUGGAUGGUUGGGUAGCCUGAGUUGGCUGCGGCGGCACCACUUCCUGUAUGGCAACGAGCUUGCAGACAGUGAAGACGUCAGGUGGUGGCUCAAGCAAAGACAGGAUGCAGCCCUAGACUACCAGGUGGAUCCUUGGGGUUUCCGCAGGCUUCAAGAGCAUUUGUCGCACACUUGGAACCGGCCUAUCCGCAAAAGUCCCAGGUCCAGAUCGACGGCGGCUGGAGGCCCGGCCAUGCUAUGGGCCACAAAGGGCGCAGCGACAGCGAGGCCUUCGCAGGUUCGCGACAGGGCUGGGAGCGCGUCCCUGAUGCCCUUUUCACCUCUUCAAAGCUCUUCACAGGUUCUCCGACGUGAGGCCCGUGAGGUCGCGGCAGCAUCAUCCGCAUCAGCUGGAAAUCUGCAGGGCGGAUCUGGCCCAGCCUUGAAAGCGAACAACUUGACCCGGCAAAGCCAGCUAAGCCUGAGCUCUGACCAGCAGUCGAUGAGGAGGUGUGGUUCUGGACCGACUGUGAGCCGCCCGCACGACAGGAUAGCUUCGCAUCUUCCCCGCUCUGGUUCCGGCCCCGUUUUCUACGAGCGCCGCGCCUGA